UUUAUCUAAACAACAGUAUCUGUGUCUGUCUGCAGAGUAAGAGAAGCCAUGGAACUCUGUACUCAAACCUUUACAAGUUUUCUUCUUCCCAAUUCGUUUAUCUCUUCAAACAAAAUUCUUCUCCUUGCUAAUGCCAACACUUCAGUCUUCAAAUUCAAUUCCCUUAAACUUUUUGCACCUCAUGAUCAUCUCUUUCAACCCUUUAUCUCUCGUUACAAUUCUUUCUCUUCCCCUUUCACAGUCUCAGCUGCUUCUUCCUCUUCCUCAGUCGCAGUUGGCACAGAACAGGACCGUCUUCCAGCAGAACUGAAGGUUACAGAAACAGAGCAACUCAAUUCCACUGUUAAAUUGCAUGUGGAGGUACCACCAUUGGUAUGUGAGGAUUGUUACAAAAGGGUCAUAGCAGAGUUUAUGAAGCAAGCAAAGGUCCCUGGAUUUCGUCCGGGAAAGAAAGUUCCAGAAGAGAUUCUUAUUGGUUAUGUUGGGAGACAAAAUGUCCAGAAGGCUACUAUUGAAUCUAUUUUAAGAAGGACACUUUCACAUGCUAUGACAUCGGUUACUGGGAGGGCUUUGCAGGACUCAGUACGCAUAGUUACUAAGUUUUCUGAGAUGGAGGAGACAUAUUCUUCUCUUGGGUCUCUUAGAUAUGAUGUGAUUGUUGAUGUUGCACCAGAAAUCAAAUGGAUUCCUGAUAAUAAUGCAUACAAAAAUUUAAAGAUUGAUGGAGACAAGGUAUUACCAGGUUUCCUUGAUUCAAUAAUUGGAAUUCAUCGAGGUGAAUCAAAGUCUUUUCCUCUUGUAUUUCCUGAAAAUUGGAAGCAAGAAAAUCUUCGAGGUGUUCAUGCUCAGUUUAAUGUUGAAUGCAAAGAACUUUUUUACAGAGAUUUGCCAGAACUGGAUGAUUCUAUUGCUGAUAAGCUUCUCCCUGGAUGCAGCACAGUGGAGCAGGUCAAAGACUUAUUGUUACAGAGAUGCCUAGAGGUGGAGCAAACAGCUAGAGAACAAGCAACUGAUAAUGCUAUCUUAGAUCAGAUUUCUAAGAUGGUUGAAGUUGAUAUACCUCAAUCCUUGUUUGAGGAACAAGGUAGGCAGCUUUAUGGAGCCAACCUAUUAGAAAUACAGGCAAAAAUGAAACUAAAUGAGCAACAGCUGGCAUCUCUCUCAAGUCCAAAGGCUGUGAACCAAUAUCUUGAGCAUCAGAAGGAAAAUAUAACAAAUUUGAUAAAACAGAAUCUGGCAGUGGGUGAUAUAUAUAGGCGUGAAAAUCUGCAGUUUGCUACCGAGGAUCUCGUCAAAGAGGUUGAGAAUUCCGUUGCUGAAUUCAAACGUCAAAAUCAAGAAUAUGAUGAGGAACGGGUGAAGGAUCAGGUUCAAGAAAUACUAGAAGGAGCUAAAGUGCUUGAAUGGUUGAGAGAACAUGUAGAGAUUCAAUACAUAACUAGAUGAGAGAUGAGCUCCAGCCAAAACCAAUGAGGAAAAAGAAAAUGCAGGUUUUGAAAGAAUUUUGUUUCAGCGGAUGUAAGUUAUGAGAAAAAAAAAACUAUUCUUGAUUGAAAUUUGAAGAAAGAUUAUUAUGAAUAAAAUAUGUACUACAAGUUUGUAAAUUGAGACUUUCACAAUAAAUUAAUAAUAGAUAGCACUAACAAAAAACAGUAUUGAAAAACACCAA